ACCCAUCGUAGCGAGUGGAUUGCAGUCGUUUUGUGACAUUAUUCGUGCGCACGGUUGUUUGCACCGGAGAGUGAUAAUAGCAUUUCCGGUCUAAUUUAAUUCGGUGUCUCUCUCUGCUACUGCUGCUGCCGCUGCUGCUAACGGAUUUGUUUUUGUGAAGUGUGAAUCCGAACAGUUGUUGCUUAUCAAAAUGGAGCCCCUGGACAUAGCGAUUUCGGUCGUAAUGUUAUGCUUUGUGGUGUAUUUACUGCUCGACAAACGUUUCCAAUAUUGGAAGGAUCGGGGAGUGCCUCAGUCGAAGCCCGAGUUUAUAUUCGGUAAUGUACGGGAAGUCAAUCAGAAGAUGCAUCUGGCGGUUAAAUUCCAAGAGCUGUACCAUGAGCUAAAGGGCAAGCAUCCGUUCGGGGGUAUCUACAUGUUCUUCUCGCCCAUCGCACUGAUCACCGAUCUCGAGCUGCUGAAGUGUGUGUUUGUGAAGGACUUUCAAUACUUCCAUGAUCGUGGGGUGUACUAUAACGAGAAGUAUGACCCACUAUCCGCCCAUCUCUUCAACAUCGAGGGGCAAAAGUGGAAGAGUUUGCGCAACAAACUAUCACCAACCUUUACCUCGGGCAAGAUGAAGAUGAUGUUCUCUACGAUCGAGGCAGCCGGAAAGCAGUUCAGAGAUUUCAUGGAGGAAACCGUGGUGAAGCAGAGUGAGUUUGAGCUGAAGGAUUUGUUGGCACGCUUUACGACGGAUGUGAUCGGCAUGUGUGCGUUUGGGAUCGAGUGUAACAGUAUGCGUGACCCGGAGGCCGAGUUCCGCGAGAUGGGCCGGAAGAUCUUCCAGCGGCCUCGGGGAAAAUUCAAGGGACUGAUGACGACCUCGUUACCCCGUUUGGCGAAGGCUGUUGGAAUCACCACCGUCCACCCUGAUGUUUCGAAAUUUUUCCUCGGUGUUGUGCGCGAUACGAUCAAGUACCGAGUGGAGAACAAUGUGCAGCGCAACGAUUUUAUGGAUAUUCUGAUAAGAAUGCGCAGCGAUAAGGACGUCAAGUCUGAAGAGGGUAAGCUGACGUUCCACGAAAUCGCCGCUCAGGUGUUUGUGUUUUUCUUGGCUGGCUUUGAGACGUCCAGUACGCUGCUCACGUUUACGCUGUACGAGCUGGCACUUCAGCCAGAGGUGCAGGAGAAGGGUCGCCAGUGUGUGAAGGAGGUGCUGAAGCGUCACAAUGGAGAGCUAACGUACGAGUCCGUUCUGGAGAUGCAUUAUUUGGAUCAAAUACUGAAAGAGAGUCUUCGCAAGUAUCCUCCAGUUCCCGUGCAUUUCCGAGUUACAUCGAAGGAUUAUCAGGUUCCUGAGACCAAGACAGUGCUCGAGGCUGGCACCAAGGUUAUGAUUCCUGUGUAUGCCAUUCAUCGCGAUCCAGAACAUUUCCCCGAUCCCGAACGUUUCGAUCCGGACCGGUUCACACCGGAAGAGGAAGCGAAGCGCCACCCGUACGCCUGGACACCGUUCGGUGAAGGUCCAAGGAUUUGCGUUGGCCUGCGGUUUGGAAUGAUGCAAGCACGCAUUGGGUUAGCCUAUCUGCUCAAUAGCUUCCAGUUUUCACGCGGUGUCAAAACCGUUGUACCGUUGAAGCUGGAUGUGAAGAGCUUCAUCCUAUCGCCAGAAGGUGGUAUGUGGUUGAAGGUAGAAAAAUUGAAAUAGUUUCCUCUAUCUUAUGUUAGUUUCAUUAGGCAUUUCAUAUAAUAUUAUGUUUAAUUUGUAUUUGUUUAAAUUAUACGAAGUAAUUAAUUGCGACAAGUUAUCGCGCGAAGUGUUAUGAAUGAAACAAUAAAAAAUCAAGUCAAACCACUGC